GCAAAAUGGCGGCGGCGGCGGCGGCGGCCGGGCGGCGUGGCGGGGCGCUGGGGCGGCCACCGGCGCCUGUGUCCGUGUCCUUGCCGGUGGGGGACCUGCCGCCCGCCGGCGAGCUGGUGCGGCCCUCGGUGACAGAGCUGUCCCAAGUGAGGACCAACAUCCUGUGCACCGUGCCCGGCUGCGGCAAGGUCCUGCCCAACAGCCCGGCUCUCAACAUGCACCUCAGCAAGGCCCACCCGGUCCAGGAUGGAAAACUUAAUGCGCCAAUAAGGAAGAGUUUGAAAACACCUCAGAAAUUCUACUGCUGUCCUAUUGAAGGCUGCCCUAGAGGACCAAACAGACCAUUUUCCCAAUUUUCUCUGGUCAAACAGCACUUUAUGAAAAUGCAUGCUGAAAAGAAGCACAAAUGUGAUAAAUGUAGUAACUCCUAUGGUACAGAGUGGUAUUUGAAACGACAUAUAGAGGUCUGUGGCAAGACUUUCCAGUGUACUUGUGGGUGCCCUUAUGCCAGCAGAACAGCAUUACUGUCGCAUAUUUACAGAACUGGCCAUGAAAUUCCUGCAGAACACAGGGAUCCUCCUAGUAAGAAAAGGAAAAUGGAAACCUCUGUACAUAAUCAGCAGUUGGCAGAGAAAGCAAACGAAGCGUUCAUCAACACACACAAUAAGAAUCCUGGCACUCAGGAAUUGGAGUCCUCUGAAGUGAAACUAGCAGCCUCUCUUGAAGGCUCCUGCAGUUCAAACCUCGCGAACCAAACGCAGCCAAAAUGUACACCGAAGAUGCUCUUACCAAAGCCUAAGGUGGCUUUGGUUAAACUUCCAGUGAUGCAGCUUGCUCACUUGCCUAUAUAUGUAUCUGCAGCAGACUCUUCUGUCAAACCUGCUGUAGUGGCUGUUGAUAAUCAAGGUUCACUUUUAAGUACUGUUCAUUUAUUGCCUCAGUCAAUAGGAAUUCUGAUUCCUGCACUGGAGGCAGAAACACUUGUGUUUAAAGACAGUAUGCCUGUUUCAAAAGUGACAAAUUCUGGUGAUCGUGAAUCCAUAAGUACCAGUUUACAAGUUGAGUUGGAUAAGGUUACAUUGAGUAACACAGGGCAAGAGAUGGGGAAUGUUUGUCACAGGAAUAAAAUUUCUUCAAUUAAUAUACAGACUGACUUAACUUAUACUUCACAGAACUUUGUACCAGCUGCAACCUGGACUCCCAAUUCUUCUGUAUCCUCUUGCUCUCAGACAGAUCUGUCAUUCAGUUCACAGGUUUCCCUGCCCAUCAGUGUACAAACACAGACGCUGCUGCCUGCUUCCAAACUGACUUCAUCCAUAGCUGCCCAGACUGAUGCUUUUAGUCAGGUUUGUUUUCCAACAUGUGGCAUUUCUAGAGAGACUCAAACCAGUAGGACACAGGACUCUAUUGAUGGAAGGGUACAGAUGGACCAGGCUGUGAUGUGCAGUGACAUUUUUGACAAUGUUGAUUCAUCAUAUGUUUCUACUCACAUUGAACUUCCAGAAAACAACUUAAUGACUGCAAAUAUAGAUCAAACCUUGCUGCAAAGAAGUAAUUGCAAGAGCCUGAAUCAAGAUACGGUGAAGUCUGAAUCCCUUAUCAACUUCACUACACAGCCUAAUAUACUUCCACCUCAAAAUACAAUGGAUAAUCAAACCCAGACAAUGGACUUGCUAAGUGAUCUGGAAAACAUCUUUUCAGGAAAUAUGCCUGGCCAGACACUGGAUAAUCGUAGCCUUUUGUCUGAGACGAGUUCUAAUGCUGACACGCAUCUGCCAUCUGGUCCAUCACAGAGCACAGGAAUAGACUUUGACAUUGAAGAGUUCUUUUCAGCAUCCAAUAUUCAAACUCAGACUGAAGAGAGUGAUCUUGGUACUCUGAACCCUGAGCCAGUUUUGGAGUCACUGGACAUAGAAACUCAGACUGAUUUUUUAUUUUCAGAUAGUGCAACUCAAUCAUACAGCUGCCGAGGAAAUUCUAACUUCUUAGGUUUGGAGAUGUUUGAUACACAGACACAGACAGACUUGAAUUUCUUCUUGGACAGUAAUACCCAUCUGCCUUUAGGGAGUAUUCUGAAGCAGUCUAGUUUCUCCAUGAGUACUGACUCAUCUGAUACAGAAACACAGACAGAAGUAUACCAGGCUAUUAAAAAUACACCUACACAGAAUAUUGAAAGCAAAGUCCGGCUCAGUAGCACUGAAACACAGACUAUGGAUAGCUGCUUUGAGAAUCUAGGGAGUUUAUUCCUUACCAGUAAUGAGACACAGACAGCAAUGGAUGACUUUCUUCUGGCUGACUUGGCCUGGAACACGAUGGAGUCUCAGUUCAGUUCAGUAGAAACACAGACCUGUGAAGAGCUGUGCUCCUUGUUUCAGAGCUCUGACAAGCCCAGCCAUUGAGUGCUACUUAAUAUAACCAUUUCCUGUGGUUUGAAAUUAAGUUAUUGGGGUGGGAGAAGUGGCUUGACCAAGUUAUUCACUUUGCAUUAUUGAAUGUAGUUAUCGUGAGCAGUUGACCUAAGACUUCUCGUGCUGAAGGUACUCUAUCAAAUAUGUAUAACUUGACAUAAACUGUGUGUGUGAAUGGAGGGGAAGGGGAAGCUGUAACAUAUUAAUGUACAUUUGAACCUUAGAAAAGAAUUCAUGGUGCCUAUGUUUUUUCCUGAAACUCCUUUACGGAGGUGAUACUGCUUUCAUUUAAACAGAACAACUUUUGAAGUUGCUCUGUAUAUGUAUAUGUAUGUGUCUCUCUCUACUCCUGGCUUACAUAUAAGGUUCCAAUAUGCUGGACCAAAAACCUGAGCUGUCUAGUUCAGAUGCUUCCCUGAACUUAUGGGGGAGGAUUCUAUUAGUGUAAGCUACUUCUAUUUACUCUUUUUAGUAGCUUGUAUUUUAAAUCUGGCAUGAACAUAAUAAGCCGUAUUGUCGUCUUUUACUUUAUGCCUUCACAGCUUGUUCUCCUGCAUAAGCUGGUAUUUUCCAAACAACAGACACAUAGAAACUCCUGGAUUGUUGAAUAUAUUUAUUACGAAACAUGUAGAAAGCAGUAAUUUUUUUUAUAUUUUUCCCUAAGUGGCACAGAUGUCCUUUGAAGUAUAGGAAAAGAACUUUGAAUUCGCAACUGUAGGAGAAGGUAAUGUGUUGUCCUUUUAGGUAGUGUAAUAACUAACAUUUCUAGAGUCUUCAGGAGGGAUUUACUUAAAUUAUUUCUGUCUCUAAGAUGCAAAUGUUACAAUGUGUGUGCCUCAAAGACUGGGAUAAUUUGGUUUUGUUUAAAUUCUCCUAGCUUUAUUAAGAUACAAGUUGAGAAGUGUUACAGCGGUUUAUACCUCUAUUACCUUAACAGAAUCUUCACAAAUGGGAAAUUAAAUUCUCUAAAUUACUUAUCUAGAUUCCCGGUUUUGGACUUCCCACUUGUAAAACCAACUGGAAUCCUUACAGCAGAGCUGGGAGAUCACCUCACAGAAGCCCUUUCAGAACAGCUGUAUCUUGCUUUUACACAUCUAUCUGCAGCCCUCAGUUCCUGCAGCUUAUAGAGAAUUUUUCUGAGUAUAGUCAAAUUCAAACAAACUG